UGUUGCUGAAACGGGAAAAAUGGGAACUUUGAUGAAUAAUUAUCAUUUAAAGCCCUCCAACUUUGUUGUUACAACCAAAACUCAUUGUUUAUCAGAUUUUCGUGUUAAUCAGCUACUGCGAAUUAAGCAACCAAACUACUCCGAUCGUUGCAAAAUAACACAAACGAAGAUGGCCGGCGCCGGCGCUGCUGCUAGCGACGCCAAUCCCGCCCAUCCGGAGCAAAACUCAGGAGUGCAUCAGCAUAAAAUCGUUAUACGAAACAACCAUGGGGAGAAACUUGUGGGUUUAUUGCAUGAAGCUGGAUCUACGGAGAUUGUAAUUUUGUGCCAUGGAUUUCAAUCAACAAAGGAUAGCAAUACUGUGGUGAACCUUGUUUCUGCACUGGAGAAGGAAGGCAUUAGUGCAUUUCGUUUUGACUUUGCUGGAAAUGGGGAAAGUGAAGGCUCGUUUCAAUAUGGUAAUUAUCGUAGAGAGGCUGAUGAUUUACAUUCAGUAAUUCAACACUUUAACGGAGUUAAUCGUGUCACAAGUGCCAUCCUCGGACACAGUAAAGGCGGGAAUGUGGUGCUUUUAUACGCAUCUAAGUAUCAUGAUGUAAAAUGUGUCAUCAAUGUGUGUGGACGUUAUAACACAAAGGGGGGCGUCGAAGAGCGAUUGGGAAAAGGGUUUUUGCAAAAAGUGAAGCAAGAUGGUUUUAUCGAUGUUAAGGCCAAUACAGGAGCGGUUUUAUAUCGUGUGACCGAGGAAAGUUUAAUGGAUCGGUUGAAUACAGAUAUGCAUGAAACAUGCCUGCAGAUUGACAAAGAUUGCCGGGUGUUGACCGUUCAUGGAUCUGAGGAUUCAACCGUCCCAAUCGAAGAGGCAUUGGAGUUCGCAAAGAUCAUACCCAACCACAAGCUACAUAUCAUCGAAGGAGCGAACCAUGGGUUCACCAAACAUCGAGCUGAAUUAGCUUCCAUUGUUUUGUCUUUCAUAAAGGAACCUGUGGAUCACAACCAGGAAAAUUCAACAUAAAUGUAACGGAAGUAGCUCUAGUUUUAGUUUUUUUUUUUUUUUUUCUCAACGUAAAUGAUUUCUAGACCCAAACGAUGGAUUCGUUUUUGGAUCAUGUAUAACUUCGGGAUCAAAUGCAUAUGAGAAAUCUAUUAUCCGCU